UGUUCACUGAGCCUUCCCAGAAGCGUCUGCUUAAAUGGAAUGAAAACCUCAGCUGUUGCCUUCUGUGUUAAGAGUUUUCUGAAUUUGGGGACACCUGAGUCAGCUCUUGGAUUUCUACCCCUUUUGACUCCAUAAAAUCUUCAACACUGAAGAAGUAUCAAACUUAAGUGUCUGAGAUGUAUACAUAGCCAUCCAAGCUUUCUUGAGAUUCUGUUUCCAUAACUACAGAGUUUUCAAGUUUAUUCUCCUGGAACAGUGAUGCUUAAUUAACCCAGAGAAGUCUUCCUGUGAAGAGGGACCAUUUCCUUCAGAAGUACCAUCAAUCAAAGCUUUUGUUUCUACCAAUUUGACCUCACCCAUGGCUGCUGAUGGCAAUGAUGUUGUUCCCUUGCGUCAGAAGCCGAGGAAGAAAACUCAAGGUUUCUUCACAAUGAGCCGGAGGAGGAUAUCCUGCAAAGAUCUGGGACACGCUGACUUCCAGGGGUGGUUAUACAAGAAAAAGGAAAAAGGCACCUUCCUCAGCAACAAAUGGAGAAAGUUCUGGGUUGUGCUCAAGGGAGCAUCACUGUACUGGUACGGCAAUCAGAUGGCAGAGAAAGCUGAUGGAUUCAUCAACUUGCCAGAUUUUGCUGUGGAUAGAGCUGCUGAAUGCAAGAAAAAGCAUGCUUUUAAGAUCAGCCACCCACAGAUCAAGACUUUUUAUUUUGCAGCAGAGAAUGUGCAGGAAAUGAACAUGUGGUUAAAUAAGCUUGGGUUAGCUGUAAUCCGUCUUGCAUCCACAGGAAAAGAAGAAGAAUGCUACAGUGAAAGUGAACAUGAGGAUCCCGAAAUAGCUGUGGAGACGCCGCCCCCUCCCUACUCUGCUGAGCCUCCAUCGCAUUUGGGUCCACAGGAAGCAUCGUCAUCCUCACUUGUAUUGAAUGAACCAUCUUGUUCUUUUUCUUCCCUGGAGAGUUCAGUCAAAUCACCCAGCAGCUCGUCGUCUUCCACAUCUCAAGCAGCGGCCUACCCAGAAAGGCAGUCUUGGCUCGACAUCGUCAACAGUUCCUCUACUACUGAAGAAGUGGAACGGUCCAUAAUGGUUCAGAUCCAUUCACCUGCUCCCCCAGAGGCCUCCGAAAAUGGCCUUGUCAAAUCUGAAAGUGGAUUUCUGAACUCCUUGUCAAGUGAGGAGACAUCCUCACUGAACAGCAGUUUAGAUCACCUCUCUGUUCCUGAUGAUGCUGUAGGACUCAAGACAUCAGACAGAGAACAGACAAAAGGCCUUGAAGAUGAUGAAAUGGAAAAGCUUUACAAAUCUCUAGAACAAGCCAGUUUAUCUCCUAUUGGGGAUCGACGACCUUCAACCAAAAAGGAGUUGAGGAAAUCAUUUGUCAAGCGAAGCAAAAAUCCAUCCAUCAAUGAGAAACUCCACAAAAUCCGGACGUUGAACAGCACAUUGAAGUGUAAAGAACAUGACUUAGCCAUGAUUAAUCAGUUGUUGGAGGAUCCAAAGCUGACGGCCAAGAAGUACAGAGAAUGGAAAAGCACAAACAGCUUGUUGGUUCAGGAGAUCUAUCAACAGCAGGGUGCAAAGACGGCCACUGAAGGGCCUUACCUGGAACCUGAGGAACCAUCUUCUUUUGCCCAUGUUGAGAGUUCUAUUUGAGAUCCAGUCAGAACUCUCUCCCUUACCUUGUUUUAUCCUCGGCAACCCUUUAAACUGCUACAAAGUCUUACAUUUUUCCUUAAAAGGAGACCUAAAAACUAUUCCCCAGAGAUCUGGCCUGAUAAAGCAACUUCACUGGAAGCAAAUUAGCUAAUGCAUGGAAUCUCAAUUUCAAAUGACAGUAUAUCCAUUUGAUGGAUCAAUCACUUUAAUUCAGGUAUAUACAAUUGAGGGCCUUCUAUAUACGAGGUGCUAUAAGAGGUAAGGAAGUGGGGAGAGGGACAUGAUCUAUUUCAAGGAACAUACAACAGCAAUCUGUGGAAUAGAGAAGGGAUUCACUCACAGUGAUUUUGAUAAUUUCAUGAUUCAAUCCCUCGGUAACAGGAAGAGAAUGUAAAAAAGAAUAUAUGUGGUCUAUCUUGUUGGGUUGCCAUGUUUCCCAUGUCACUUUUAGAUGGGAAGAAUACAGUAUAAAUACUUUUUUGUAUUGUUGCUAUUUAAUUCAGAAUCUUGUCUUUGGGGUUGCAGAUCACCAAUCUCAUUUCCACAUCCAGUUAAAGGGAAUACAUUGGCAUUUAAAAAAAGAAAGACUCAGAAGAGAGCUAUUCCAUGGGAGUGAUGUUCUGUCAUUUGUGGACUCAAAGGACUACUUGACAUUUUCAAAUUUCACACUGGUUGGGGAAAUUCUACAGCACGUGGAAAGAUGUUGCUUGUGCCACUUGGGAACAUCUGUUUUCUGACUUUUUUUCAUCAACUACAGGAGUUAACCAUGCAUCGGGAAAGGUGUGUCUGCUGCCUGUAGACUUGACUGUGGUACCACUACAGGAUUUGCAUUUGUGUCCAGGUGCCCUAGGAGCCACACAGCAAGGAUAUUUUUGGCACCUGAAGUUUUUCAAUUUCUUUAUUCAAAGAAAUGAAAAAAAAAUUUUGAGCUGAUUCAUAGUUGGUUUUAUUUUUGUAAGGUUAUCUGUCACUUUAUGGCCUGUGUGAAUAUAUAGCUAUGUAUAUAUAAAUAUGUAUAUGUUUGUUAUUUAAGUCUAUUUAUAGAAGUCCGGAUUUACCAGUGUUAAUAAGAUCAUGCUGUUUUUCCCUUGUUGAAUAGCC